GGCGGGGAGGAUGCUGCCGCGGCCGCCGUGGGGCGAGGCAGCGGCGACACAGCACGGAAGGGAGGAUGCGGCGACGGUGGUGGCGGCAACAGCAGCAGGCGGCGGAGGAACGGGGAACCAUGCGGUGCUGCGCGGCAGGGCCCUGGCCGCACAGCGGGGGUGCCCUCACCACUCUGCUGCUGACAGCUAUGUUGUUAAGCUCUGCUGAUGGCAAUAAUGGAACAGUUAACUGGACGACUAAGCGAGCCCACAGUUAUGUUAUCAGCAGAAUAAAGGCUGUUGAGAAGAAUGUGUACACAAUUCUGUCCAAGGUGCACUCUGAUCGGAAUGUUUACCCUUCUGCUGGAGUUCUUUUUGUUCAUGUUUUGGAGAGAGAGUACUUUAAGGGGGAAUUUCCUCCUUACCCAAAGACUGGUGAAAUAAGUAAUGAUCCCAUAACAUUUAACACCAACCUGAUGGGUUACCCAGACAGACCUGGCUGGCUACGCUACAUCCAGAGGACACCAUACAGUGAUGGAGUGCUCUAUGGCUCACCAACUGUAGAAAAUGUGGGCAAGCCAACUGUCAUUGAGAUCACAGCGUACAACAGGCGGACUUUUGAGACAGCGAGACAUAAUUUGAUCAUUAAUAUCAUGUCAGCAGAAGAUUUCCCUUUGCCCUAUCAAGCGGAGUUCUUCAUCAGGAAUAUGAAUGUAGAAGAAAUGCUGGCAAGUGAAGUUCUUGGGGACUUCCUUGGAGCAGUGAAAAACGUGUGGCAGCCAGAGCGCCUGAAUGCUAUAAACAUUACUUCCGCCUUGGACAGGGGAGGGAGAGUUCCACUUCCUAUUAAUGACAUGAAGGAGGGUGUCUAUGUUAUGGUUGGGGCAGAUGUUCCAUUCUCUUCCUGCUUACGGGAAGUUGAAAACCCCCAGAACCAGCUGAGGUGCAGUCAAGAGAUGGAGCCUGUCAUAACCUGUGAUAAAAAAUUCCGUACUCAGUUCCAUAUUGACUGGUGCAAAAUCUCUCUGGUUGACAACACAAAACAAGUUUCCACCUUUCAGGAAGUGAUCCGUGGAGAGGGGAUACUACCUGAUGGUGGAGAAUACAAGCCACCAUCUGACACCCUGAAAAGCAGAGACUAUUACUCGGAUUUCCUAAUCACACUGGCAGUGCCCUCGGCAAUAGCACUGGUGCUCUUUCUAAUCCUUGCCUAUAUCAUGUGCUGCCGACGGGAAGGAGUGGAAAAGAGAAACAUGCAAACACCAGACAUCCAGUUGGUCCACCACAGUGCUAUACAGAAAUCUACCAAAGAGCUCCGUGAUAUGUCUAAGAACAGAGAGAUAGCCUGGCCUCUUUCAACACUCCCUGUGUUCCACCCAGUCACCGGUGAGAUCGUGCCUCCCCUUCACACAGACAGCUAUGACAACACCAGUAUGCCACUGAUGCAGACGCAGCAGAACCUGCCACAUCAGACCCAGAUUCCACAGCAGCAGAGUGCAGGAGAAUUUCGCAUGACAACAUUUCAAAGAUUUGAGGUAAAUGGUAUUCCUGAGGAGAGAAAGCUAACAGAAGCAAUGAAUUUGUAAUCAGAGAAGGCAGCAAAUUGUCUUAUUUUCUCAUUUGUUGGUUGGUGCAUGAAUUUUUAUUGGUGUCUGUUCUGCAUGCCCACAGUAUUGAGAUGAUUUCAGUGCCAGAGAGUGCAAUCACUUCAUGGAGCUGCUGUACUUUUGUACUUGGGACAUUUUGGACAAUUUAUAAACACUGAUAACUUUUUAUACUUGGUACAUUCAGAAAAUAAUCUUUCAUAUACAUGUAUUAAUAAACAGCAAAGUUUAUUCUGGUCUGUGGUCUCUCCUGGAGGUUUUAAACAGAGAAAUCAACACUUCAAAAAGAAGAAACAGGGUCAAAGGAUUUUAACCCUGGAAGUGGUCAAAGGCAGGUUGGCUGGGACCUUGAGCAAGCUGGUCUAGUAGGAGGUGUCCCUGCCAAUGGCAGGGGUUUGGAACUAGAUGAUCUUUAAGGUCCUUUCCAACCCAAACCAUUCCAUGAUUAUAUUUCAGACUGUUCAAUGGGAUGAUAGAAUUGCCUUGUAUUUGCUGAUGAAAGGCAGCAAUGUAUAAGCAUGAAAACUUGUGCAAUAUGGUGAGGCUCAGCAAUAGCAUUCCAGAUGCAGUAAGCAUUUAUUUUGUAGAGAUUAUCAAAAUGAAAUGAGCUAAGUUAGCUUUGGGAAAAAGACACAAAGCAAGAAGCAAAAUUCUAAACCUAUUCCUGCUGAAAAUUAGAUUUCUGUUCCUCUACCAGAUCCUUCACCAACUUGUAAGCAAUAAACAUUUAAAAUCUGUCCAUUCUUUCCUCUGAUUGUGUUGGAAGAAACUGUUCCAAACCACACUGCAGGCAGAAAUUGUCGGCAAGUAAACAAGGGUAGAUUGUAUUUCUGUGUACAUGGCCAACUAUUAACUCUUU